GCCGCACCUCGCACACGGUGCCGCCGCUGCCCCCCCACCGCUCGCUGUCUCCCGGUCACCGGGAGCCUCGUGCCAGUGCGUCUCCGGGCACUGCCCCCCCGGGGUACGGCGGGUCCCGGGGCAGCCGGGACCCCCGCCGGUGCCGGUGUGCGUGCCGCCGCCGAGGCCGAGCCCCCGCCCGCCGGGCCGGGCCCGCCCCCGCCGAUAACGCGACGUGUCGCGGCCGCGCAGGCACCGGCCGCCGCGGGGGGGUGCGGGCCCGGCGGGAGGCCGGUCCCUCGACGCCUCCUGCGGCCAGAGCCCGGCCAGCCCGCGGCCGGGCGGUGCCCCGCAGCGCUCCCAUGUCGCCCCCCGGGCCGUAGGCGCCUUCUCCACUGCUGGUGUCAGCGCACGUUGAUGCUUAAUACCAGUACAUCUACCAAAACAUGAAGACUAAAACCAAAGGGAAGAAGCAGAGGCAUACUGCAGACAAAGAUGCAUUUUCUGAGGAGUCGGCGAUGAGAAAAAAAGAGCUGGUGAAACGAUUGCGACACAAGGAGAGGAGAGGGGGAAGCAAGGAGAGCAGCAAGGUCGCUCCAGCCAGAGGCAAGCAUCCUUGGAGCAGUAAGGACAGGCAUUUGAGGAGACUGGAAAGCAACGAGCGGGAGAGGCAGAGAAUGCACAAGCUCAACAACGCGUUCCAGGCUCUGCGGGAGGUGAUCCCUCAUGUGAGAGCUGAGAAUAAACUUUCCAAAAUAGAGACUCUCACACUGGCCAAAAAUUACAUUAAAUCCUUGACCUCCAUUAUACUCAAUAUGUCCAACGGACACUUUCCAUCAGCAGAAGGGAUGGGGGGAGCCUGGGGGCCCAAAUUGUACCAGCAUUAUCAACAGCAACAUGGGGAUGAUGAGCAUGAGGAACAUCUACAGAAAUACUCCACGUAGGUUCAUAGCUUCAGCCAAAACACCUGCGGUUACCUACUACCAGCAUUCUUUUUCCUUCUUGCAUGGUAAUACUUGUCAGUGCCUGGAGUUUUUAAGAGAUAGUUUUGCCUCCAGCUAUCCCCCUAUUUUUUCUUAAAAAGGCAAAUGGGUAACACUCAUGGCUAUUGCUUAUACGGCCCAUUAAAAAAUACCUUAAAUUCUAAGAAUUUUUCAGAGAUUAAUGGCUAUAUUUGUGUGAUGCGUCAGGGUCUGGAAACCUGUCCUGUAACACUGGAGUUGAAAGUGAAGAUUUAGGAACUUCAGAAAAUCACCCUGCCUGGAAGGGCUGUGAGUUGAGCAGUUGAGGCCCGUGUCGCCUGAGCUCGCGGGAGCUUGUUGAGAGUCGGCUGUAGCGCGGUUCACCAGCCGGCCAGGGGCUCUGGUCUUCGCUGUCCUGCCAGGGGGAAGUUAGCGUUGAUGACAACGUUUGACUGAUUUGAUGAGUGAAGUGGCACGUGCGUGAAAUUGGCUACCAAAUCUGAAUAGUUAUCUUGAGAGUUUUGGAUCUGCUCUGGUAAUUUUGAACCUCGCAAAGCAUAAUAACUUUUAAAGUACUUGUUAAUGCGAACAUCUAUAAAGCUUUUUUAGAUUGUAAGCUCUCUAGAGCAAGGUCGUUUUCUGGUCUGUGUUUCCGGAGCAUCCAGCCUCCUGGAGUUUCUCUUUAGGGGGUCUCUGGGUGCCAUUGUAGUACAAAUAAUAAAUAAGGGACAAAGGACUUAUUUUUGCCGAAACUAUGAUAAAAAUGCUUUAGUGUAGUCAUAAGUUAGACAAUGAUUUAUGUGAUUACAAAUUAUUUGCUAAUGAAACCUGUAAUGUGAUCAGAAUUCUUUCUGGGUUAGUGCUAGAUUCUGGUAUUACAUAGCACAAUAAA